GGAUCCACACCGCGAAGAGUCAAAGUAUACUUGCUUCAAGGUGAAGACUGGCUCGACAAUGGAACAGGCUACUGCGUUGGUGAAAUCGACAACGGCGCCCCUUAUUUCCUCGUGAGAAACGAGUUAGACUCAGAGGACGUGAUACUAAAGCUGUUUCUUGAAGGUAGCAUACAGUACCAGAGACAACAGGAAACGCUUAUAGUAUGGACAGAUCUCUCGGGCAAAGAUCUAGCGCUUUCGUUCAAGGAAACCGAGGGAUGUGCGGAUCUCUGUGAAUUCAUCAUCAAAGUCCAGCAGGAAAGCUUGUCUCCUAAUAUCUCCUUGUACUACGUGAUUCCUAACAUAACUGAGGGUGACGAUAUCACCGAACUCAUCACAGGUCCCAUUACAUAUCCAGAGGUGCCUAGCAAUACAAAUUUAGAGUCGAUCCUAGAAAUCAUCAACCAGGGUUCCAACUCGCAGUUCACACGUACAAGCAUUCUGAAAUAUAUAUUGGAUAACGACUAUUUCCAUAAACUCGUGGAUUCUUUCAAUGCUGCUGAAAACGACAGGAACCUCAUCAACCUCUACACUCUCAGCGAAAUCAUCAAGACUUUGAUACUCUACAACGAGUCGUCGUUGAUAGAAGAAUUUCUACUGACAGAAGAAAACAUUCUUGCACUAGCAGGCAUCCUAGAGUACGACCCAGAAUACCCUAACUUCAAGGCAUGCCAUAGAGACUCCUUGGAUAACAAGUCGUUCAAGACCGUAAUCCCCGUAGAAGACCUUAAUAUCUUCAAGAAGGACUUUCAUCUCAACUUCUUGAAGGAUGUAGUACUCGCACGCUUCUUAGACGACCAGACCUUCAAUUUGAUAUCGACUCUUAUCUACAUGAAUCAAGUGGAGAUUAUCAACUACUUGAAGGAUCCGCUCAUACUUGAGCAGCUCUUUAACAUCUACGAAGACUACGAGAUGAUAAAAAAGAGAGAUGGAGUAAGGAUGUUGCACCAGUAUGUGUUGAUAGCCAAGUCGCUCCAGUCAUACCAGAAACUGGAGUUCUUUAGUCUUUUGGUCAAGAGUGGACUCUUCAGAAUGACAAGUUUUGCAUUAAACGAUUCAGAUACUUCCAUACGGGUAUUGGGUACUGAAUUGAUCGUGAUUAUAAUAGAACAAGACACUUCCAUCGUGAAUUCCAUCGACAACGACGAAACCAUAGACAACUCUGAGCCUCCAAACAACCACAGAAUGGAGCCUACGGAAAAUGAAGAGGAAACAAAGAGCUUGAAGCUAAAGCUUUCUGACGAUAUGACAUUGAUAUCGAUUUUGACCAGACUUUUGGUAGAGGACAAAAAUCCAGGAUUAAAGAUUCAGGCGUUUGAAGCCUUGCGAAUCCUUUUAGAUUCCAACAUAGCUUCAAACUCGAGUCCUGAUAUCGAGAUUGACCAGCUCAAGAACGAGCUUCGCAGCCAUAGCUCUAAUGGCAACUCAGGUGACGACUUUCAUGACAUCAACACUAACAAUUACUUCAAAGCAUUCUAUUCACAAGUGGCGCCUGAAUUGUACAAGCGUCUCAUAAUUCUUGCAUCCACGGAAGACUUCACUUCCAGCAAUCCUGUCGUAGCCGCUAUCACCGGCGACGAGUUAUUAUACCACCACUUAUGUGAUCUUAUUUCCUUCUGUACUAAGGAACAUGACGUUAGCAUUUCUAGACCGUUUUUC